AUGAAUACUACAUUGUCCUGUUUAAUAACAGUGCCAGUUGCAUUAAAAACAGAAGAAGGAGACCGCAUUUAUGACAGGAGGCAUUACUGUUUGUAUUGUGGAGAAGCAAGCUCCAAAAUUGGCAGGCAUUUGGAGAAACAUAAAAAUGAGCCAGAUAUUGUAAAACUAAUUUCUUUAGAUAAAAAGAAUGACAAGAAGGAACGAAGUUCAUUGAUAGAUAAAAUACGUUUCAGGGGUGAUUUCUAUCAAAAUUUAAAGGUUUUAGAACUAGGAGGGGAGCUGAUUGUUUAUCGCAGGCCAGCGGAAGGGAUGAAAGUGUCAUACAAGGAUUAUGUGCCAUGCAAACAUUGUCUUGCAUUUUUGUUCAAAGAUGAUUUGUGGCGACAUGUACAAAAGUGUGAGUAUAGAACAAAAUCAAGAUCGGAUGAUGCAGAAUCUGAAAAAAGAUGCCAAUAUCAAGCCGAGAUGUUAUUAUUUCCUAACAAGGCCAAGUUGACUGAUUUAGAGCUAGAAGAAAUUGUGGUACGUAGAAUGAGGCGAGAUGAAAUAACAGAUGCUGUUGUUGAUGAUCGCCUAAUUCUGACAUAUGGGUCAUUCUUGCUCAGUGGGAAGGGUGCUAGGAAGUCAAUAUAUAUUUCUCAAAAUAUGAGGUUGAUUGGGCGUUUACUGAUUGCCCUGAAGCAAAUUCAUCCUGACAAAAUAUCAUUGAUUGGAUUUCUUCAGCCACAAUAUUUUGACGCUAUUAAGAACUGCACAAAAGAUCUUGCAGGGUACUCUCUUAAAAAUGAAGAUGGAGAAGCUGUGCCGUCCUUUAAAAUCCCUUCAUUGCCCUUAAAGAUGGGUGAUGCGUUAUAUAUUAUUGUUGAAGAAAUAUACCGAAAGAAAAAAUAAAACAGGAACAGUACACGAUGAUAUUUUGAAAUCACUUACACCUCUUGAAAGAAAGCUCAUGAACCGGCUCGAUCUUGUUCAUGUCCGAGGGAAGAGGGGACGACAAGUCCCAGUGCUUCUGUUGCCAGAUGUAGUUGUAGCCAUUGACACCCUAAUCUCAACAAGAGAAGCAAUUGGGAUAAGUGGUUCAAAUAGAUUUUUAUUUCCAACUCCGUCAGGAGGAUCCGAAAACCCAUUGAGAGGGUAUGUGUGUAUUUCCAAUGUAACCAAGAAAAUUGCAAAUUUGGAGAGCCCAGAACGAAUCACAAGUACUAAACUCAGAAAAUAUGUGGGUACAGUGGCGCAAAUCACUUGCCUUAAUGAUACAGAAAUGGAAUGGCUGUCUAAUUAUCUUGGCCAUUCUGUAGAAGUACAUAAAAAUGCUUAUCGUUUGCAUGAUUCUGCAGUCGAGUUAGCAAAGGUCAGCAGGCUCUUGAUGGCUGUUGACUCAGGCCAUGGAGGUGAAAUGUCAGGAAAGAAAUUGAGUGAAAUUGCUGUAGCAGGUCAGUUUGACUUAUCUUUCUUUAUGCAAUAAAUUGG